AUGAACCGUGGUACGCCUUCAGCCCCUCAUUUUAUGGGCAAUAUGACUCCAAUGAUGGCACCUGAACUUAUUCAAGCCUCUCAACAAGUCUCCCCGCGGCAAAGACGAUAUCGGGCUCUGGACGAUAUCUCAUCUAAUGCUGUGGAGCGACCAAUCCAUCAGAUCUCAUACCCAUUAGCACAGUCGAAGCCAUACCAAGAGCAAGGACAACAACAACAACAACAAGGACCCCCUUUACGUUUUCCUACUCCACCCACUCAGCAGACUGCGCCUCUUCAGGCAUGUGAUUAUAAUUAUUCGAACGAUAGGAAAUCUCACUCCCAAGCAAAUCCCUAUAUCCGUGUGCAACAACAACAACAACAACAACAGCAGCAGCAAAAAGAAGAAGGACGACAAACUUGCAUUCGCAUGAUACUCCCAUCUUCUUUUUCUGAACAGGGAAAAAACCGUGAGCUUCACUGUUGGCGAGAUUUGCCAGUUAACCCUCUAAUUGGUUUGCCUGGAUUGGCAUCCGCUUCUGUGCCUGUAGAGCGUGAGGAUUACAAAUUCUACUGUGAUUCGUGUCAGAAAGGAUUCUUUACAAAAGAACGUUAUGAUACUCAUAUGAAAGAUCAUAUAUGGUGUACAUUUCCAGGGUGUGAAUUCACAUGCCGACGAGAUAAAGAAUGGAAAAUGGAGGUGCAUGUGGAAACACUUCAUAAUCGUCCUGAUGCACCUAAUCUUGCUGAUGUUGGUGCUUAUUUAUUACAACGUAAAAAUCGUUUUCCCACUGAAAAUACUGUUAAGGCGAAAGUAGAGGAGCUUUUCUAUAAAGCUUCCAGAGGCGUUGAGAUUCCAGAUGAACGUCGGAGGUGGCUUCGUCAACAUGGAGUUUUGGUCCGAAAGAAUCCACGCACAGAGAGGACAUACAUUGUUUCUGGUGCUUUACAACAUUCAGAAGAUGUAGGCAUAAACAAACCAUCUGAGAGACAUCAAGAGGAAGAAGAAGUACGAACACAGAAAAAUAGGGAAUUAUCAGAUCCCAGGAGUAAUAAUGCUGAAGAAACCCUUAUAAAGGAGGAGACUUCUUCUUCAACGACUACACAACGUCCUUUACCACAUCAAAACCGUCCAAAACGAAUUAUUCCUUUAGGUCCAAAUGGGACUCUUACACGUGGACAGAAGGUGCAGCUUAUUCGUGAAAAGUACCGAGAGGCGAGUACAGUACCAUCAUUCCAUGUUUGCCAUCGCUGCGGUGAAAAGGGAACACAUUGGGUGAGUGAAUGCCCAAAGAAGGGUGAUGAGGCGUUUGAGCGACAAAUGGUGUGGGGUGAAGAGCGGCGUGAACCACCGCGGCAACGACGCCGUACGGAGACAGAUGGAGAAGAAACAUCUUUUGAGAAUGUGAAUCUUGAAGUGAGAGUUCCGCAGGAAAAUACUGCUGUAAAUACUAAUAAUAGUAACAAUAAUAAUAAUACGAAUACUAAUACUAAUAAUAGUGAUAAUAAUAAUAAUAAUAAUAAUAAUAAUUUUAGUAAUAAUAAUACUAAUAAUAGUGAUAAUAGAGAUGUUAGGGUUGAUGGUGAUAGGCAAAAUGAAUGGCCAUCUCGUGAAGCUGCGGGAUUUGAGGAGGAUGGGGCAUUAGAACUCAUAGAGGAUGGCGGUCCACCGGCGGAGGUCUCCGCACGACAACACGACAGCCGAGGCGAAGUCCAACACUCCACAGAGAUCACACGGGUAUUGGCCCCAGUAGCAGCAGCAAAAAUAAAAGGAAGAAGAAACAAACAAACACUGGCGCGAAAAACGCAAUCACGUGCACCACCGCCUCCAACUUUGUAUGAACGUCUGACAGAACCAGAGAAGGCAGAUGAACAUGGUCUUUUAUUACAAGCAUUUCGAUUCUUUGUGAUGGUGAACUUUUUUGAAUCUGUAUAA